CCCACUCUUCCUCCCCCCCCCGGGCGAGCGCUUCUUUCUCUCCACACCACCCACCUCUUCUUUAUACAUCACACGGUGGGUGCCGUCUAUAUCCUUUCUCAGCGGAUGUUUCUAUUCUUUUAGCGAGAAACGGGUGCCCCAAUUGCAGUCUAAGGCGCUGUACCCGCUAGGAGUCCGAGGAACAUUGGGGCGAUGCAGACUGGACCCGCCGUCUUCCCCCUGCUUCCGACAAUCCGACGCAACUUUGCCUGGGACAAUCGCUGAAAUUCAAGGCAAUGGCCCACGAUGUGCGCGACAGCUACUUUUUGCAGCCACCAGAUUCAGGCUCAGUUCCGGACGAACAGCUGUCGGAACAACCUUCCACCACGGAAUGGAUGUCGGCGCAGUCCAACCCUUCCGUUGGCGCAGUAAACAGCAAUGAUGACCUCGGUCACAAUGAGGAUGUGGUAGACCAGCCUGCGGGCACUUCGCGCUCACCAGAGAGCACUGUGGUGGGAGACCCUGAAUUUGGUCCAAUAAUGGGAAGGAAACCAAGAACAUUGCCAGCCUGGAUUCGCUCGGUAGAGUACCCCGAAGAAGAUACCGAUGUUCCUGCCACGGCCAGCCUUCUUCCCUCGCAACCCGACGAUGCCGUUGUGGCGCAGCACAAUCACUCCCCUUAUGCGACAAGACCGAACCGCCCGAGCCGAGCCGACGAUGAGGAUGAUGAAGAGCAAGGGGGCCCUUCCCGACGCGAGUCGCGCUGGAAGAAUUUCUCGAAGGUGAUUGCAUAUCCUCGUGAGCCGGGCGUGGAAGAGAAGUCUGUAACGCCAGAAUGGUUGAACGAAAACCUGGGCGAUUUAUCGCAGCCGUGGCGAGGACAACUCGCUCCAGAUGAGGAUACCGAGGACCCGCUGAGGAUGAAGAGACGCCGACAGAUCUGGUUCAAGCGCUUCCAUAAUACUCUUCUCAGGAGUCCUAUGGUCCCUCUUAUCUUCAGACUUACCGUAUGGUGCUUUUCGCUUACAGCCCUGGCACUAGGGGGCUCGAUCCAGCAUCUAUCCGGUCAAUAUAAACAUCCUCAGGGCCCUUCCGCGCUCAUGGCCAUCAUUGUUGACGCGGUGGCUCUCGUAUAUCUGAUCUAUAUUACCUUCGACGAAUAUACCUCGAAGCCGCUGGGCCUCCGGUCUGCAUCCGCCAAAGCACGGCUGAUCCUGUUGGAUAUUUUUUUUAUUGUUUUCGACUCGGCCAAUCUAAGUUUAGCAUUCGAAUCCUUGUCCACUGUGCAGGGGGCAUGCACGUUGAAUGAAGUCAAUCAAGAGAUCACGCCGAAGAAUGACGCAAUUUGCGACAGACAAAUAGCUCUCGCGUGUGUUCUUCUGAUUGCGCUUCUGGCCUGGCUGACAACAUUUGCGAUCAGUGUGCUCAGACUUGUCGAACGUGUGGCUUCUUGAAGCACUUGGCUGGGGCUUUGGUUCCCCUAGCGACUUUCCUUGCCUUUCUUUCUUCACUUUAUACCCAGCUUUUCAUCCUUGCUCCGUGUCUACUUCGGAUUGUUGCUGUUCAUGCCCUUGCGUUUACCUGAUAACAUUCUAUUCUUUCUCAGUUGGUGUUUCCCCCUGGUUUGGUCAUCUGUCAAUUGGGUUAGGCGAGGCGUUCAUAUGUGGCAUGCUGUGCGAAGGUCCUGGCUUUGAUACCAAUAAUAUAUGCAUUACGGCUGAUUUACCCGACAAUGGUAGAUGUACACAUACUGCGAAGCCCACGUGCUUACACUGAGGUCAAACUACACAUGCAAAACCG